AUAGUUUGCAGGGUUAGAUAAUGCAUAAUGGUCAUGUACAUGCAGUACUCACCCAGUACCUUACAAGACAUUCUGACUCGACUGGUAUAAAUUCAUUCACUAGUGCUGCUGAGAGCAGCCCCCCCCCCCCCCCCCCCUUGUUUUUUAUAUUAAUAGAAUGAAUGAAUAAUGAAUCGAAGUGAUAUCAAUUCUGGAUACACUAUCACAUACAACUGUUAGCACCUCUUGUUCACAUUAUCUUCUUUACAUACAAACUAAGGUCAUUAUUUGGAUUGGUUAUUAUUUACAGCUCUAGCUCAGCAAAAGCUGGAUGCUACACCAAAAUAUAACACUGAGCAAAAAGUUUAAUAAUUUGUAAUUCUGAUUCGAAAUGGCGUCUCUCUAUAUAAGCAUAAGUUUAUAGAAAACCUUUAUUUUUACAUGCUCAUUUCACUUUACUUAACUGUGAAGUAGAAGUAAAGUCAAAUUUAUGACAUCACAUCAUCACACACGUCUACGAAAUAUCAUCACACUUUGAAGGCCAGUUAUAUCGUAACCAUUUAAAACAAAGAUGGCCAGAACAACCAUGAUUUAGAUGAACCAUUACUGCCCGUCUAAUUGACCAUGAUCAAUUGUUCAACAAUUGUAUUUUUCGAAAUCUCAUUGAACAGCCUAUCCAAUUUAGGAUAAUUAGCUUAGCUCACAAUUUAAGUCCUAAUCCAAUCUUUUCCAGUUACAUGAACACAACAUUGCUGUAAGACGUAUUUUGGGCUCUCUCAUGUCUACUGCUAAAAGAGAUUUUCUCAUUGAUAUUGAGAAGAAAUAUCAGAGGAAAUGGGAGGAUGAAAAAAUCUUUGAAUCAAAUGCUGAAAAACAGGAGUCAGAGAAAUAUUUUACAUGUAUUCCCUACCCAUAUAUGAAUGGACGUCUUCAUUUAGGGCAUUGUUUCACCAUCACUAAAGCUGAAUAUGCAUCUAGAUAUCAACGUUUGAAAGGCAAGAAUGUUCUUUUUCCUUUUGCUUAUCAUUGUACUGGAAUGCCUAUUAAGGCAUGUGCAGACAAACUGACUUAUGAAAUGGCUACUUUUGGAUGUCCUCCUAACUUUCCUGAUGAAGACGAUGAAGUUCAGGUAGAGGAAACUGUAGACUUUGAGAAAGAUCCUACUGCGUACAAAAAGAAAAAGGGUAAAUUGGAAAUGAAGUUUGGCAACACUAAAUAUCAGUGGGGUAUCAUGGAAGGCAUGGGAAUCCCUGCCAAUGAAAUUCCAAAGUUUGCAACAACUGAUUACUGGCUCUCUUACUUUCCCCCUCAUUGUAUGCAAGAUCUUAAAGACAUGGGCUUGUCUGCAGAUUGGAGGCGUGGCUUCAUCACCACAGAAGUGAAUCCUUACUAUGACUCAUUUGUUAGAUGGCACUUUAAUACUCUAAAAGAGCGUCAAAAGAUCAAAUUCGGAAAGAGAUAUUCAGUUUUCUCUCCAAAAGAUAACCAGCCCUGCAUGGAUCAUGACCGUAAAACUGGUGAAGGUGUGGCACCUCAAGAAUAUACUGGAAUUAAGAUCAAACUGCUAAUACCAUUUCCAGCUGCUCUAAGCGGCCUUUUUGGAAAGAAAGUAUAUUUGGUAGCUGCUACCCUCCGCCCUGAAACCAUGUAUGGCCAAACAAAUUGCUUUGUUAAGGAUGAUAUUGAAUAUGUUGCAUUUGAAGCAAAGAACAAUGAAGUUUACAUCACAACAAUGCGUGCUGCAAGGAAUAUGGCAUGGCAGGAACUUACUCCUGAUUAUGGUAAAGUUAAUGUUUUAAUGAAACUGACUGGUAAAGACCUGAUGGGUGCUGCAAUUAAAGCACCAAGAGCCACAUUUGAUAAGGUUUAUGUUCUCCCUAUGAUGGGAGUGAAAGCUAACAAAGGAACAGGUGUUGUAACUAGUGUUCCCAGUGAUGCUCCAGAUGACUAUGCCACUUUAAUGGACCUCAAAAACAAACAGCCCCUAAGAGAAAAGUAUGGUAUUGAAGAUCACAUGGUAGAUUUUGAUCCAGUUCCUAUCAUUGAUGUCCCUGGUUUUGGAAAUCUAUCUGCUGUGACUGUUUGUCAAGAACUUAAAGUUAAUUCUCAGAACGAGAAAGAUAAGCUUCUUUUGGCCAAAGAAAAAUGUUACAGAAAAGGCUUUGAAGAGGGUGUUAUGCUGGUUGGAAACCAUGCUGGAAAGAACGUGAAAGUUGUCAAACCAAUCAUCAAAGAGGAAAUGAUUGCUGCUGGUGACGCCUUUAAAUACCAAGAGCCUGAAAAAGAGAUCAUAUCGAGAUCCGGAGAUGUGUGUGUCAUUGCUCUUUGUGACCAGUGGUUCUUGGAAUAUGGCGAGCCUGUCUGGCAGAAGAAGACUGAGGGAUGCUUGAAAAAUAUGGAGUGUUACUUUGAUGAUACAAGACAGGCAUUUGAGAGAACGAUUGACUGGUUACACGAGCAUGCUUGUUCUAGAAGCUAUGGGCUCGGUACCAAGCUGCCCUGGGAUGAACAGUGGCUUGUAGAAUCUCUAUCAGAUUCAACUAUCUACAUGGCUUACUACACUGUUGCUAAUCUUCUGCAAGGUGAUAUUUAUGGAGCUAAAUCUGGAAGUCUGGACAUUAAACCUGAGGAUAUGACCCAUGGGGUGUGGAACUACAUCUUCUUCAAAGAUAGUCCAUUGCCUGAAACAACUAUCCCUAGGAGUAAGCUUGAUGUUAUGCGAAAUGAAUUCCAGUAUUGGUAUCCAGUUGACAUGAGGUCAUCGGGAAAAGACUUGGUCCAAAAUCAUUUAACAUACUUCCUGUAUAACCACACCGCUGUGUGGGAUAAUGAACCUGAGAGGUGGCCUCAGUCAGUUCGAGCUAACGGACAUCUUCUGAUGGACGGAGAGAAAAUGUCUAAAUCUCUAGGCAACAUUAUUUCCCUAAGUGAGGGAGUCCAACUUUACUCCGCUGAUGGAAUGAGACUGGCUCUGGCAGAUGCUGGAGAUGUUCUGGAGGAUGCAAACUUCAACACUCCCGCAGCUAAUGCUGGUAUUCUCCGUCUGUAUACCCUUAUAGACUGGAUACAAGAAACUGUUGAUGACCUCCACAACCUUCGGUCAGGUCCCACUAAUCAGUUCUACGACAAGAUCUUCGCUAACGAUAUAAAUGUUGCAGUAUCACAAGCUGACAAACAUUACUCUAACACCAUGUUUAGAGAGGCUAUGAUCACCGGUUUCUACGAGUUCCUCUCAGCCAGAGAUCGUUACAGGGAACUCUCAGCUGCUGGUAAAGGUAUGCACAGAGGCCUAAUCAAACAGUACAUAAAAACACAGAUGAUCCUGCUAGCACCUGUGUGUCCUCAUGUUGCCGACUAUGUCUGGAGAGAAGUGCUGAAGGAGGAAGGGUCGGUGGUUAAUGCUCGCUGGCCUGAGUACUCUGCCCCUGAUGAUUCUCUUACUAAGGCUGCUGCUCAUCUUAUGGAAUGUGUCCACGAUUUCAGACUGAAGCUGAUGGCCUACACUAACCCCAACAUCAAAAAGAAAGGAAAAGCUGUCAUACCAAACGAAACACCCAACCACAUGACAAUCUUUGUUGCUAAAGACUACCCAAAAUGGCAGGAAGUGACACUGAACCACCUGAAGAGUAACUACAAUCCAUCCGCAGAUCUUCCCUUCCCUGAGAACCAAGUUAUCUUGCAACAGCUGAAGACCAUGGCGGAAGUGAAGCCCAUGCUGAAGAAGGUUAUGCCGUUUGUUGCGUUUGUUAAGAGCCAGGUUAAAGAGAAAGGUCCGUCUGUUCUUGAAAGUCAUCUGUCGUUCAUUGAGAGUGAGGUUUUUGAACAAAACAGAGGUUAUAUCCUGAGAUCUCUGGACUUGGACUCGCUGGACAUCUGUGAAGCAUCAUCGUACCAUGAUCAGAAACUAGUGGGAGAUGUUUGUCCUGGGAAACCAAUGUGUAAGUUCGAGAAACGAGAGCUGGACCCCGUGGAUAAACCCUCAGCUCAAGUAACGUUUGUGAACAUUCAACCAUGCACACCCUUCUUCAAGCAAUCCCUCAACAUCUACGACACCGACACCAUCGAGGACAUCAUCGCACGACUGAAGCGAGCUGAUAGAAAGUUAAAAGCAAAACAAGUGGAAGUUUACAGAUACGUAGACCCAGUGAAGGGUCCGAGACAGCUGCUGGCAUUUGAUCAGCCCAUGAUGUGGAACAAGAGGAAACUGUGGAGAAGUUGGAGAAGAUAGAGUACUGUCAGAGUAGCGGGUUAAAGUCCGGGCAGAAUCUGAUAGGGGACACUCUGUGCUAUGUUGUGAGCUGAUUCUUUAGAAUUAGGUUAAUUAAUUGAUUAAUUAAUUAAGUUAGGGAUUUUUAAAAUAAGUGGUAGAAUGUCUCUUUUUAAAUGGUAGUUUUGAGCCGUUUGUUGAGAUCAGUUGAUUUGAUCGAUAUAACAUGGUUGAUACUUGAUGGAUAGUAUUUAGGUUUGAUUUUUAUAGAUCAUGUAAAUCUUUGAAGGUCUCUGUUAUUCUAAAGAGAUAGUAUUAGUAUUUAUUAAGUUUUCACUUUACAUUUUACAUUUUCACCUUUUGAUAAGGAACAUGCAGGUAGUUUGUUCUUAUUGUAUUUGACUGUGGUACAAUUUGACAAGUUUUAGAGUAUAAAUAUACAUAUAUCCUUAAAGAUAACUUAUUACUUAGUUUUACAUCAGUUUAUUUAGAUGGAUUUCAUUGAUAGUUUAUAUUUGAUAAAUGAACUUUCUUCAGUAUUUAUUAGAUGGUAUUAACUUCUGGGGAUUUCCAUGAUUCUUUUGUGAUAAUUACUAAUUAGUAUAUUAGGUUAUUUGGUACUCAUAAUAUCUAGCAUUGAAUAGAGAUGUUCACGGA